UUGGCCGCUCCUACCGCGCAACCACACAACACGCCUUGUAGCCGCCUGGUAAUGCAACCUGUCAUCGCAGAACUGGAAGAACCUAGCUCUAAGCGCUCCAUUGCAAAGCUGCUAACGCAUCUUCUGCACCUCAUAUCCAGCAUCAUCGUCUUCAGCAUUGUCAUGCAUUACUACCGUACAAUUCCGAUUACGUGGCUCAAAGAGUUCUGGGCUAUACUGGCCUGUAUCGACAUCGUCAUAUGCAUCCUCGUCCUCUACUAUACCUUCGUCAGAUCCUCGAUACCCCAUCUCGGCACCUUGAUGUUCGUCCUGGCAAACUUGUGGCUCCUAGCCCUCACGCUUUCUACCAUCGAUUAUUCUCACACUGUGUGUGGCCAGCCUAAAGAAUCGGUGUGGGUUACUUGUCCGAUCAAGAGGGUACAUAUGGCGUUUGAGACACUUGCUUUCUUGCUGAGUUUUUUGACUAUGAUGGUGGAGUUUAGGAGGUGGGUGGUGCCAUAUACUAGGAGGUGGGGGUCGAAGAAGGUUAUUGAUGGGACUGAGAAGUGGGUGAGGGAUCCGGUGGUUACACCGAGGACGUCCUAUACGGCUGUUUGA